AUGGAAGGACCAGCCUUAUACUGGAUGACUUGGCUGCGUUCUCGGAAACCGUCCCUCACAUGGAAAGAAUUUUCGGAAGCCUUGGUCUCCCGUUUCGAUACCCGUUUCCAAGGCGAUGCAUUUGAAAGACUGGCUGAUAUCAAGCAAACCAAGGGAGUGGAUGAAUAUGUUAACUUAUUUGUUCAAUUAGCAAGUCAAGUGCCGGGCUUAACGGAUGCCCAUUAUCUCGGAUAUUUCAUGAAAGGUCUCAAGGACCCAAUUCGAGGAUUUCUGCAAUUAUUCAGACCAUCCGAAUUAGAAUCGGCAAUGGAAUUGGCCCGCGAUGUGGAAGAUAAUCUGACCAUCCAAGGAGGUGGCCGAACCAAUUCGGGCUAUAGUAAUUCGUUGUCGAGAGGAGGCGGUUGGAAUCGGAAUGGAACGACCUCUUGGUCCGGAUCGGUAGGAGGGCCGAGUAAAAGUUUCGUAAGCAGCGGUUCUCGGCCCGGUGAAAAAUCUGUCAUGUCGAGAGCAAGCGAAGUAGGACAGCCCCCACAGCGGCCUCGUUUUACAAGGCUCUCUUCGCAAGAGUUGGCUGAAUUAAAGGCAAAGGGUUUAUGUUUCCGAUGCCGGAAGCCGUAUUCUCCGGGACACGAGUGCCCCCUUAAACAGUUACGAGUUAUGAUAGCCGAGGAAGGAGAAAAGGUGGAACUACAGCAACAUGAUUAUUAUCAGCCAACGGGACUUGAGGAUACGGGAGAAGAGCUCGAAGAAACCGGCGAAGGGGACGUUGAGUUGCCACUGUAUUCGAUGGCAGGUAUCGAUACAGCCCGGACUAUGCGGCUGCACGCAAAACUAGGCGAGCAUUCUAUCAUCGUUCUCAUCGAUAGUGGAGCAAGCCACAAUUUCAUCUCAAGGACUCUCGUAAGCCGAUUGCAACUACAGCCCGAUAAAAGGGAGCGGUUCGGCGUCCUUUUGGGAAACGGGGUGCGCCAAGAAACGGAGGGUGAAUGCCGGAAAAUUGAGGUAACUUUGGCUGAAUGUCCAUUUGUAUUGGAUUUCUACGUGUUUCCAUUGGGUGGUGUAGAUAUGAUCUUGGGAAUGACAUGGCUUUCGACCUUGGGAGAGGUUAAGCACCACUACGACAAGAUGCUGAUGAAAUUCGAAAGAGAGGGACGUUGUAUUGAGCUGCGGGGCGACCCUCAGUUAUGUCGGGGACCCAUCGGUCUGAAAUCACUAAUCAACUCCCGGGAUGCACAAGUUUGGGCAAUAAUACCCGAAGUAGAAGAAGACGUUGAUCUGCACGAGCAAGAAGGAAUACAAGAGGUGUUGCAACAAUUCCAAGAAGUAUUUGGAGAGCCGAAAUCCUUACCACCGGAGCGAGAAACGGACCAUCGCAUCGUUUUAGAGGAAGGCACUCGUCUGGUCUCCGUGCGGCCAUAUCGAUAUGGGCAUCACCAGAAGGACGAGAUUGAGAGGCUAGUCAAGGAUAUGUUGUUGGCCGGUAUUAUACGGCCGAGCUCUAGUGCCUUCUCAAGUCCAGUUUUACUGGUGAAAAAGAAAGACGGGAGUUGGCGAUUUUGUGUUGAUUAUCGAGAAUUGAAUAAGGUGACGAUACCGGAUAAAUACCCAUUCCGGUGA